CUCCAAUUUCUUCGCGAGUGGGCGGUGGCGGAAAGGUUUUGGAGCGCAAAGCACUGUGGGCUGGUUCCUGAGGUGCAUGGUGGGAAAAAGCUUAUCCCGGCUGUGUUGUCUUUGGAGCUUCAGUCCCUGCUGGCGUUGAAACACCGCCGACGAAAUGCCGGAACGAGACAGUGAGCCGUUCUCCAACCCUUUGGCUCCAGAUGGCCACGAUGUGGAUGAUCCUCACUCCUUCCACCAAUCAAAACUCACCAAUGAAGAUUUCAGGAAACUUCUCAUGACCCCAAGGGCUGCACCCACCUCUGCACCGCCCUCUAAAUCACGUCACCAUGAGAUGCCAAGGGAGUACAAUGAGGAUGAAGACCCAGCUGCACGAAGGAGAAAAAAGAAGAGUUAUUAUGCCAAGCUUCGUCAACAAGAAAUUGAGAGAGAGAGAGAGCUAGCAGAGAAAUAUCGUGACCGUGCCAAGGAACGGCGAGAUGGUGUGAACAAAGAUUAUGAGGAAACGGAGCUGAUCAGUACCACAGCUAACUACAGGGCUGUGGGCCCCACUGCUGAAGCGGACAAGUCAGCUGCAGAGAAGAGAAGACAGUUGAUCCAGGAGUCCAAGUUCUUGGGUGGUGACAUGGAACAUACUCAUUUGGUGAAAGGGUUGGAUUUUGCUCUGCUUCAAAAGGUACGAGCUGAGAUUGCCAGCAAAGAGAAAGAAGAGGAAGAACUUAUGGAAAAGCCUCAGAAGGAAACUAAGAAAGAUGAAGAUCCUGAGAAUAAAAUUGAAUUUAAGACGCGCUUGGGCCGCAAUGUUUACCGCACACUCUUUAGGAGCAAGGCGUAUGAACGGAAUGAGCUGUUCCUCCCAGGCCGCAUGGCCUAUGUGGUAGACCUGGAUGAUGAGUAUGCUGACACGGAUAUCCCCACCACACUGAUCCGCAGCAAAGCAGAUUGCCCCACCAUGGAGGCCCAGACCACACUGACCACAAAUGACAUCGUAAUCAGCAAGCUCACCCAGAUCCUUUCAUACCUGCGUCAGGGUACCCGCAAUAAGAAGCUCAAGAAGAAGGAUAAAGGGAAGAUGGAAGAGAAGAAACCCCCUGAGGCCGACAUGAAUAUAUUUGAAGACAUUGGGGAUUAUGUGCCAUCCACAACCAAGACUCCUCGGGAUAAGGAGCGGGAGAGAUAUCGGGAGCGAGAGCGUGAUCGGGAGAGAGACCGGGAGCGGGAGCGGGACCGAGACCGAGAGAGAGAGAGAGAGGAAGAGAAGAAGAGGCACAGCUACUUUGAGAAGCCGAAAGUGGAUGAUGAGCCCAUGGACAUUGACAAAGGACCUGGAUCUGCUAAGGAGUUGAUCAAGUCAAUCAAUGAAAAGUUUGCUGGGUCUGCUGGCUGGGAAGGCACUGAGUCGCUGAAGAAGCCAGAGGACAAAAAGCAACUAGGAGACUUUUUUGGAAUGUCCAACAGUUAUGCCGAAUGUUACCCAGCCACGAUGGAUGACAUGGCUGUGGAUAGUGAUGAGGAGGUGGAUUACAGCAAAAUGGACCAGGGUAAUAAGAAAGGCCCCUUAGGCCGCUGGGACUUUGAUACCCAGGAGGAAUACAGCGAAUAUAUGAACAACAAGGAGGCUUUGCCCAAGGCUGCAUUCCAGUAUGGCAUCAAGAUGUCUGAAGGGCGGAAAACCAGGCGCUUCAAGGAAACCAAUGAUAAGGCAGAGCUUGAUCGCCAGUGGAAGAAGAUUAGUGCGAUCAUUGAGAAGAGGAAGAAGAUGGAGGCCGAUGGAGUUGAAGUGAAAAGACCAAAAUACUAAUCUCCAGUUCCAAGUCUAAAAAUGAUUCCCCAAAAGGAAUGGGCUCACAAGUGCUUGCUUUCUGCAAUUCCGAAAAAAGUUGCAAGGUCUCUUUGAAUGUAUAUAAAAUGUUAUUGUAUAAUCAUUUAGUUCCAUUAAAUCUAGUUGGGGAACAAAAAUGGAA